CACCCACGGAGAAUGGUUAUCGACUCGGCGAUAGGCAGUGUUUUCUCAGUAUUAGGACUUUGGUGCGGGGGACUUCGGAGGUGUAGUCGAAGGUCCGCCAAGCCUCACUGCGGAACUUCGUGGCAGAGCUUCCUUCAACUUCACGACUCCUACAUUCGCUGUAACUCCUCGAGUAUCCCACUCUAAGGCCGGAAACUCUCAAUUGAGCUUCCAGUAGACCAUCCCAAGAACACACAAAGUCCCUCCACCGCAACCCAUCCAAGCGCACCGCAUUCACACCACCUACCACCACCAGCACCAUGCAUCCCCACCUCCACACCGUCGAGAACCAAACCGCCUGCGCAGAAGUCAUCCGCAUCCUCGACGAAUGCUACGCCCGCGGCUUCCUCUACAAACUGACCGGCAGCUGCACCGACGCCAAACUCGCCGUCAACAAGUGCCUGCGUGCGCAGCGGCUGGAGCGCUCGCGGUUGAAUCGCGAGGAGGCGAAGCAGAAGAGGCAGAAGAUUGAGGCCGCGUGGAGGGAGAUUGAUGAGAAUUCGUGAUUCCUUUGCUCAAGAGAAGAAGAGAGGGAAGGAGAGGAGGCGGACGUGUAUGAUGCUAAUGGUGGAUGAAUGUUUGAGUAGAGGGAAGGAGUUGGCGAUAUACUGUUUUACUGCAUUGGGAGCGGGUUUGGAGUUUUUAGCAUGGGAGACAAUUCACUGGAGAGGCUAUUUGCUUUGGAAAAUGUAUAUUAUAUUUAUAGGGUAUCCAUGCUCUGCCUCAGGGUAAAUCAUAUUACAGGCUCGAU